AUGGUAAAGCAUCCUAGUGGAAAUCUAACAAAUUAUAUAUAUUAUAGUGUGUGUGACUCCCUAGUAUUCAUCCCUGAAAGGCUUAUAGGUGAAUUUCUCUAUCGAGAUGGCCACUUAAAGAGAUGUAUUGUUAGCAAAGAUAAUCCAAUUGAACAUGUAAGAAGAAAAGAAAUUCUCCAAGCUAUUGAUAGGAGGAAAUUUCAGAUCUGGCAAUAUAAACAAUACAUAUUACAAGAAGAGGCUAAAAUUAAUCGUCUUUGUCUAGAGCUUUUCUCCCAAUCUACCUCAGACUCAGAAAAGGAUAAGUUGGCAUCGGUAUCAUAUGAUUAUGAUACUCGUUCAGUCAGCUAUGAAACUUACCUUUCAGCCAAAGCAACUAUAGCAGAAAAUACUAUGCCAAGUGCUCCAAAAUUCGAGCCAGCUUGUAUUUCUGUUACCUCUGGUAACCAAGAAAUGAUUCCACUAACUUCUUAUCAGUUAUCAAAUUGCAAAAGUGAUAUAGGUGAAAUAUUUAUUUCAUCUCGGUAUGCAAAACAGCCAAAAGGCACUGCGUUGAGAUUGAGGGAUGGAACACUAAUCAUGAUUGUUUAACUGACUUGACUGAUUCUGAGAAAUAUUCUACAUUAUAAACUAUUGCUUUUAACUGAAAAUUAAUAUUAUUUAGCCAAAGGUGCA